ACUCUACUCUACUCACUACGGUACCGUAACCGUCGUCCGUGCCUCGCCCACUUGCUGCUGCGCUCACUGCGGCCUCGCCAACCCCGAGCUUUGCCUGCUCGCCCGCCUCCUGCACUCGCACAAGGGAGUGAGUGAAUGGAAAGAUACCGUAGUAAAGGUAGGAGCAUGAUUGGGAAAGGUUAGGGAGAGGAGAGGAAAAGAAAAGAACGGGAAAGAGGGAAAAAAAACAAAAACAAAAAAAAAGAGAGAGUAAUGGGUGGUGGAUUUGGGAGGAGGGAAAAGGAAAAAAGGAAAAUGGGAAAAAAGAAAAGAAAAAAGAAAAAAGAAAGGAAAGAGGAAAAUGCUCGACCCAAGAAUAAGGGUUGCACACAUCCUUUCCGUCCGCCAAUCCAAUAGCCUAGACAGACACCCACACCAACAGGAGGUUAUCCCUGCCCAGCACCACCAAGUACUCGAGUAAGUACCGUACCGUACCACCUUAUCCAACAUAGCCCCCAUCCGAUAUUUAAGAACCGUCACUCCUCCCGAUCAACGAAAUCGACCCGGGGAAAAGAGAAGAAAAAAACAAGUACAGUACAGUACGGGCUCACCGGAAGGGCUUUCUCAUUUAAAAAGAAAAGGUUGAGAGCUUCUCUACGACGAAACAUACGACAUCUUUCAGCUUGACUCUCGUCCCCUUGAUAUCUCGGAAGAUUGAUUUGACGGAAAGAAGAGGGAGAGAGGAAGGAGAAAAAAACAAAGACAAAACAUUCGAGCCUGUCAAUCCAACCCUUCAGUUUCAGUUGAGUUCAGUUCAGCUGGGAUAUGGCCGCAUCAUCAUCAUCACAAGCACCCCCAUCAGCUUCGAUACCUGCCAAAGACACCACCGGAAUGGCCGACUUUGUGCUCUUUGACGACGACCCUUUAUAUCAGGACUACCGACCCCGCUAUGACAAUGGUGGGUUCCCUCAAUCGGGUGUGGAUUCUUACGUCGCCAUGCUGGAACAACCGGGUGAGGAUCAGCACUCAAAGUUCUACAUGCCCGAGCUACAGCCCGGGCCCACCUCCUUCGAGACCUACCCCCCAUACACCUACGAUGAGGUACCAUUGCCCAUGGGCUAUGAACCCGUACCAGCUCCAGGAGUGCUGAUUCACCCUCCCACUCUACCAUACUCACCUCACGGUAACGUCACAGCGAGACUGGAAUACCGAACACCCAUUUCCCCGGCUACCUCUGCUGGCGGACUGGAAGGGAGCAGUGCUGGCUCGGAGGCCGGGAGCGCAGGGAGCCCAUACCCACAGCAGAUUGACGACCCGUUCGGCACGGCCUAUGUUGGUACGUGACUUUCGAACUGGCGCCCCAGUCCACUGGCAGGGAACUGACAGUCAGUAGUAGAUCCAUCAUUAAUCACCAUGCCUUCGCCAUCCCAACAAUUCGAGGACCCGGGUUCGGCCGCGUCGUCACGAGGUUCGCCGAGUUGGCAUAGUGCACACUCACCCCCUCCUACCUCCAAUCCUUCCUCACCCGAAUUGGGAAAGCGGAGUGGGGGAAGGUUAUCGCCCUUGAGGCACUACAGGACAGCACCAUACCCGAGCCGGAGGUUGAGCGUUACUUCCCAGAGCUCAUCUCGCAGCCAUGGUUCGCCGAGCGGGUUCCCGUUGGAAUUGGAGGAUAUGUAUCCAGCGGUGACCGGUGACAUGCCGCGGAGAACGCCGAGCAGCAAUGGAAGUGGAACCGGGAAGGAUACGCUUUGCCCAGAAUGCAAGAAGUCGUUCCGGGAUCUCAAGUAUGGCUCCUCCGUCAUUUGCUAUAACGAUUGACGGGCUAACAUGGAGUGUCAGGGCACAUCAACUUACGCAUCAACUUGAACGACCGGUUAAGUGUCCCAUAGCCACAUGCGAGUACAGCAAGAAGGGAUUUGCGAGGAAGUACGAUUGCCAGCGCCAUACAUUAACCCACUACAAGGGCACCAUGGUCUGCGGCUUCUGCCCGGGCAGCGGCUCAGCAGCAGAGAAAUCCUUCAACAGAGCCGACGUCUUCAAGCGCCACCUGAUGUCGGUCCACAAUGUAGAGCAGACCCCACCCAACUCCCGUAAGCGUCCUCCAACAAAGACAUCCCCGGCUGAGGACCGCUACGCCGGCGCCUACGUUACCGGAAAGUGCUCCACCUGCUCAAUCACCUUCGCUACGGCCCAGCAGUUUUACGAGCAUCUCGACGAGUGCGUGCUAUCCAAGGUCGUUCAAGAGGAGCCCGCAGCAGCAUUCAACGAGAUGAACCUGGACAGCGUAAAGCUCUCCGACAUGGAGCCUUCGUCAUCAAACCCCGCAGACCAUACCUCUUCCGACAGCGAGGACGAGGAUGAGGACGAGAAAGACACGACCUUCAACCCCGCAACCACCAAGUCAGCCUCCAAGAUCCGCACAAAAAAGGGAACCAUCAAGCGCUCCGGCUCCGGUGCUGGGAGCACGCAGAGGUGACAAUCAACCCACUCCCGUCCACAAGCCGGGAGUGCCAAAGCGAAGACGAUCCGCCGCAAGCGCAAGAAUUUCCCGGCGGGGUGGGGGUGUCAGCCUGAGCAGAUGGUCACAAAGAGACGUUGCCUGAUGGUGUUUGAUGGGCCAAAGUUACUCUGCAGGGACGAGAUGAUGAUGUCGAACGAGUGGGAGGUACGCGCUCAGUUGGGCGGUAGCGGCGGCAGCGACGCUUACGUUUCCGAUCUGGACUUUUGGACGAUGCGCCGAGCAGAGGCUUUCUUGGAUGCUGCGCCCAGUCGGAAUCCGCAAGGGGCUGCCGUCGGGGAGGCUAGG